GUAAACUUGUCUGGUUUUUCCUUCAAACUGAUAUGAGCUGUACUAUCUGUACCGGAACACACGAUGACGGACGGGACAAGUUCCCUUCCUUUCCAACAGGCAAUCGGGGGAGCGGUACACAUUACUAAAGACUGGCAGAGUGGAAAAACACUGUCGGAGAGUUUAGAAUAUGCGCAUACUUCCGGUGAAGCUGGUGACGUCACAUUCAUCGUAGGCGAUGAUAAGAUAAAAAUAUCAGCACAUAAAAUGAUCCUAGCCAUUCGGAGUCCAGUGUUCUUCGCCAUGUUAGAAGGACACCUGCCGGAGAAGGGGGAGAUAACUAUUCCGGAUAUCCGGGGUGACAUUUUCAAGUCCUUCCUAAGGUAUCUGUACACAGACACAAUUGAUCUUACCAUUGAGAAUGUUGUGCCAGUUUUCAGUGCUGCGAGGAAAGUAUAUGGUGGAUAAAUUAUCUAAAAUUUGCGAGGAUUUCAUCUAUCAGAAUUUGUCUGUUGAAAACGUGUGCCUUUUUCUAGAAGAUGCACAUGUAUUCCAGAAUGAAAAAUUAUCAGUGGAAUGUCUUCAACUGAUCGUUUCGUCCGGUACUGCAUGUUUACGUUCCGCAGCCUUCACUGAUCUUUGUGCUACCUGCAUGGCAACAGUUGCUAAGGCUGAUGACCUUGAUGCGGAAGAGAGUGACGUGUACCUUGCGAUCACCAAUUGGGCAGAAGCUGAAUGCUGUCGUCAAAAUAUUGAGGCUACGAGGGAGAACAAAAAGGAAGUCCUUGGAGAUAUGAUAUAUUUGGCAAGAUACAACAAAAUGGAUUUGGAUUUUAUACUAGAUAGGGUAUUUUUGGAUAAUAUCCUGAAUUCGGAUCUGGCCGUCGGUGUAGUGAACUACCGGAAGCACCCACAUAUUAUAAAAGAAUCACCUCUCACCAACCAAUCGCGAAGCCCUCAGGAAAAAACAAAAGUUUGGCGAUGUUGCGACUUUUCCCUAAAGCACUUCUCAUCUAGCUUCUGUACCGAAGAGGCAGUAACGUUUCAGGUUUUCUGUACAGCUGCCUUUCAUGGAAUCGGGUCUCUAAUCACAGGCGAAAGGCAAAGUACGUCUGAUGUGGAAGUGUUCGAAGAAGAAAAUCUUAUCAAAACCGAAAAAGGGUUACCAUUGGUGAGAACUGAAGAAAAAGUUGGCGAAAUCGUCUUCGAAAAACCCAUAAUUCUCAAAGCCGGAACAACAUACACAGUGAAUGAAAGAGCAUCCUCAGAAAAGUCGUACAAAUUUGGGAGGUUAAUAAACCAGGUUCCUUUUCACGGAGGAAUGAUAACUUUCAAAAUUGAAAGACGGGAAAACAUGUCCUCAAGUGUGCCUUACCUGAUCCUGACGAAGCUGGAUUCUGAUGGACAUUAGAAAGUCUAGUGCUCUACUGUUACAAUACCACAGAACACCAACACUUUUGGACAAUACCUCGAGUUUGUUAGACACUGCGUCAAUGAUAGCUACGUGUUAGUUUUAUUAUUUCAGUUAGUGCUGUUAUGAAAAUGUUGGGACACAUUUUCUUCUUUGAAAUAUUCAUAAUUGGAUUAUCAUAAUUUUCUUAAGAAAGGUCGGUAAAACACGAUGACAUUCAUAGUUGAAUGUCCAAGUUUCGUUUUUAGAUUCAACAAACCCCCUGCAAAGAUAAUGUGACUGUCCCGCAGUUCAGUAAUAGUUCACAUAUUAAGCAUUCACACACACAAAAAAAGAAAAAACAACAUAUCCAACAUGCUAAAGAGCUCUUAUUUUACAUUAGGCACCAGUAUUUAGUUAUAAUAUUAAGCUAAAAUAAAACAUAUUCAAGAAGUGCUCCCCUAAAUGUUUAACAUGUCAAUCUUUUUGUUUUAACCAUCAGCUUAUACAACAUACAUUAUAUAUAACAGCUCUUGUCAAGAGCGAGGUCACAAGGGCCUAGGUGUGUGUCUCACAAGUUAAUAAACCGUACAUAGUAAGUAAGGUUAUGCGUGGGUUCUGUCCCUGGCCGAGACAUACCAGAGUCUUUAAAAAUGGUAGUUGCUACUCCUGCUGAAAGCUCAGUAAAUUAGGAGUGGGGCGACUGGUUCACCCGUUGUCAGUAUAAUGUGACCGGGUGUCUUCGGCAGUAUGCUUCAGUGAGGUAGCACUAUAUAUAAAUCGACAAAAGGGCCGGCCUAUGACAAUGAGACUUAACACGUGCAUUCCGCAGCCUCCCAAAACACGCAUACGCACUCACCACACGCAUGCAUGUCGCACGCACGGGAGGCCGUCCUUAAAUGACCCUAACUGUUAAUAGGACGUUAAACCAAUAAAACCAAACCAAACCGCUGUGUUCGAUUGGCACCUGGUGCAACAUUUACAUGCUGUGGAUGAUAUCCUUUCUCCUCCAGAGAUUUCAAUACCUACAAUAUCCGGACUCGGAGCAUAAAACCAAAAUGGCAAUCAGGCAUUGAAUUAUCUUGAUCUCUUUCACUUCAUCAAUCACUAGUGGUUUUUACUUACUAUAUCACUGUCUUGUUGCAUGAUAUCAUAACCCUACGCCAUUAUGAACGAGAUAGAGUUUUGUUGUGUUUGAAAUGAACGUGAAAAUAAAACUUGAAAUUAACUCCAUGCAAUAUUUUUUUUUAAGUUUUACUGCCAAAAAUCGACCCCUUGAAUUCCGGUUAGUACCAGAAUCACAGCCAGUCUGCAAUCGUAGGGUUUCAGAGCUGUGAAGGGGAUCGGUAGUAUCAUUAGUUUUUAACAAUGAGGUUAUCACUUUGCAAAGUGAUCAUUGCUGACACUCUUUGCUUUUUAACAUUGAGCUAAUUACUUUGGAAUGUGAUCAUGGCUGACAUCAUUUGGUUUUUAACAUUGAGCUAAUUACUUCGAAAUGUGAUCAUUGCUGACAUGAUUUGUUUUAACAUAGAUGUAAUUACUUUGCAAUAUGAUAAUUGCUGACAUCCUUUGUUUCUUUACAUUUCUACAGAGGUUACAAGACAAUCUACCUUGUUGUUUUCCUGAUAAUUUCUAACUAUCGAGCACUAAUUUGUUUUACUUUGAUUAUUACCAGCAUGUUUGUAAACGUAAGUCAAUGCUUAUUAAAGGUAAACAAAAUAUUA